AUGGCCGACAAAAAGCAAAAAAACAGUUCACGGCGGUUGGAAAACGGCGUUGACGCGCAGGAGCAGCAGCAGCAUAUUAUAAAAGACCCCGCCGUCAAUAGGGAUGAAGACAGGAAAAUAUUCAUCGGAGGGCUCAAAAGCAAAACUACUGCAAACGAUUUAAAUUUACACUUUGGUCAGUUUGGUGAAAUCCAAUUUAUUAGUAUCAAAACAGAUAUUGAAAAUGGUCGGAGCAGAGGGUUCGCUUUCAUUGUGUACAAGACAACGGAAGGCCGAGACAAUGCCUUGGCAUGUACUAAUCAUGUAAUCCUAUACAAGAAAGUUGACGUCAAAAAAGCUGUACCACGACAAGUUAAAUUAUUUGUUGGAGGAUUGUCUCCUUAUUUAACUGAUGAUGACAUCAAAGAUUAUUUCAAACGCUAUGCACCUGUGUUGGCCUUUGAGAUGCCAUAUGAUAAGGUUAAUAACAAACGAAAAAGUUUUUGCUUUAUUACAUUUGAAAGCAAACAGGUAGUAGCUGAGAUAUUAAAAUCACCAAGUCAUGUGAUCAAGGGAAAUAAAGUUUAUGUAAGAAACAGAACAUAUUUCAAUGAUUUGUCUAAGAUAAAUAAUUUGAGACCGUUGAGCAUAAUGCAAGGGAAUAUUUGGGGCCAAAGAGGUAUAACAGAUUUUCAACCUCAGUAUGGAUACACUCCUAGUGCUCCUUGUUGCUGCUAUGGAGGAUAUUAUUAUAACUAUCAAUUCUUAGGAUACAGUCCUGACUAUAGAUAUACUUACAGUUAUCCAUGUUAUGGUGAUAGUGCUAGAGCAGAUUACCAAUAUCAAGGCUAUGGACUAUCUGCACCAUGUGGUGGCCAUUAAAAUCAAGGUGAACUCUAAAUAUAGAUUCUAUUCCAAAAUAAUUGAACACUAUAAAAUCAAAGUAUUGUUUUCUUUAGGAUUAUUAAUUUUAUUUUGACGAUUAUUAUUAUAAUUAGUAAUUCUUA